AUGAAGGCUGAGGGCCCUCUAGUGCAGACCGUGCUCUUCGGGAGCUGGGUGGCGGGGUGGGGCGGGAGUAUUGCGUGUGACCUGCGUGUGGGGAGUGUGGAGUCCGUACAGUGUGUGUGCAGUUUGGAGCGAGUCUUGGAGUGCGAGAGUGUGGACCGAGAGGAGUGCGGGUCUGAGGGUGUGGGUGUGCAGGGGUGCGCCUGUGUGAACCCCUGGGUGCGUGCAGAGCGCGCAGGGCGUGCGGAGUUUGGAGCGAGGGAGAAGGAAACUCCGCUUGCCAACGCUGCCUUCUGGGCCGCGAGGAGAGGAAACCUGGCGCUGCUGAGGCUGCUGCUGAACAGCGGGCGGGUGGAUGUGGACUGCAGGGACAGUUAUGGCACCACGCUCCUCAUGGUCGCCUCCUAUGCCGGUCACAUAGACUGUGUGAAGGAGCUCGUUCUCCAAGGAGCAGACAUCAAUCUCCAGAGAGAGUCAGGCACAACUGCCCUGUUCUUCGCUGCCCAGCAAGGUCAUAACGACGUCGUGAGAUUUCUCUUUGAAUUUGGAGCAUCCACUGAAUUUAGAACCAAAGAUGGAGGCACUGCCCUGUUGGCCGCCAGCCAGUACGGGCACAUGAAGGUGGUGGAUACCUUGCUGAAGCAUGGAGCCAACAUCCACGACCAGCUUUAUGAUGGAGCCACUGCACUCUUCCUAGCUGCCCAAGGUGGCUACUUGGAUGUUACUCGAUUAUUGUUGUCUUCGGGAGCAAAAGUCAACCAGCCAAGGCAGGUAAUGUCCCUGUGCACGGAGCAGUGGAUUAAGAGACAUUGCCGGCCUGUGCAUAUUCCUAGUUCUCAACUCACGUUUAAUUCUCUGUUAAUCUACUUUUGUUUUCCUCUGUCUUCAAAGGAUGGUACAACAGCAUUACUGAAAGCAGCCAACAAAGGGUACAGUGAUGUUAUAGAGGAGUUGCUGAAAUUCUCACCCACCCUUGGUAUUUUGAAGAAUGGGACAUCGGCGCUCCAUGCGGCAGUGCUCAGCGGGAAUAUUAAAACAGUCGCUCUGCUCCUGGAAGCAGGGGCAGACCCAGCCCUAAGAAACAAGGCCAAUAAACUCCCAGCAGAACUAACCAAAAAUGAACGUAUAUUGCGUCUCCUCCGAGGGAAAGAAGGCCACAGGAAGAGCUACCUUAGUUGCAUAUUUGACUGAGAGGUAGGAACCUUAACCACAUUGUCCAACUAGAAAUGGCUUUCAAAUAGUGUUGGAAAUUCUUCUAAGAAAGAAAAUGCUCUGAUUGCCCACCCUAGGUCCCUGACCAAGAAGAUUUGUACUUCGUGCCCUGAAGCAAGAACAGGACAGCUCAGGGACCCCUUCCCCUCCUUUACCUGGGCUUCUCACACCGGCCUAUAACCCUGCUCCCACAGGGGCUGGCAGUUUCGUGGAUUCCACGGAAACUCAUUUUAAACUAUACUAACCUGAGUCUUUAGGUUCAACUCUAAUUGUUAAACCCUCUAAGAGCUUUAAGUAAGAAGACAGAAGGACUGUAAGCCUUCAGAAGACUGAAAGUCUGACCUUCAAUGAACCAAUGCACUUUUGCUUUUGUGUUAAAUGUAUGUCUGCUAAAAUAUAUAGCUCCAUUAUAUUUUACACAUAUACAUGUAUGUCAUCCCAGUGUAAAAUCUUUUCUUCUACCCAAGGAUCAUAGCCAUGUUUACUAGGACUCAAUGAUGCAUAAAGCUGCACUAUUAAAAAGCCACUCUGACGUUCCUCCGUGUGCUUUUCAAGGAUGGACUGUUGAACUAUAAAAAAGACAAAACCGUUCAUUUGUGAGCUGUUCCUCAUCUCAUUCCUGACAUGUAAAUUCAUUUUUUUACCUAGAGUCCGUAUUGUAGGUAUACUAGGAUACAGUGGCAAAUUUGAAAAUUUGGAAAAUUACAAGCCACAGGAAAUUUAGGCCCUUUUCUUUGAGCAUUUAUUUUGGUUCAGUUAUUGAGACUCUGUUUCCUGUGCCGUGCUAAGUAGAUUUAACAUGCUCUGGAAUCUUGAGCUUCCAACAUCCCAUUGCUUGAUACAAUGACUUUGAUGUCGUUGUAUAAAAUGUGACAUGUGCAAGUACAAUAUGUGGCUAUUACUAUUGCAGGAGUAUAAGUAAUAGAAUACUGUUAUUAGUAUUUAGUAAGUGUUCCUCUCUGCAUGUUCUUGAGCUAAUUGAUUCCAAGAAAGAAACCUGGGUUUUAAUUCUUUUGAGAAGCGGUGUCAAAAUUUAUAUUCGAUGUACUUUAUAAUCAAUGGUGUCUAAAUGCCUCAGUCAGUGCCUAAUUGCACAGACAGAAAUGAAACCUUCUUUCUACAACCUGCCAUAAUGAACACUGAUGGUAUUUCUGUUGUUUAAAAACACACCUUUUGUUUUCUUGUUCAUGUUCUGCUCUGGUUUCCAGCCAAUGUUCUGUGUAAAUACAUGUUAACAUGGAGGGAAAUGUAUUCCCAAAAGGUGUUUUUAACCAAUUUGUAGUGUUACUAAAAGCAUUUUCUUUAAGUCAGUAAACAAUGGAAUAUAAUUUUGAAAUUAGAAGAUAUUCUCUUACAGUUUGUUAUGAUCAAUAAAAUAAUCAACAAAAAUUAGGUAAUUUUGAUCAUUACACAAGCAAAGCCAGUAAUGAGCAACCCACAGCCCCCAGAGAUACCUGCAGCUUGACUAGCUAUUUAACAGGUCUGCAAUCUAAUUUCAGGAUAAAAUUUAGAGAUUUUUUAAUUUCUGGAUUGCUGGAACCCCCUUAUAUAAAUAUUUUAGUAGCUGCAAAGCAGUACCAGUUUCCUCAUUGACUUUCUUUUAUUCACCAAAGUUGUACAAUUAAUUACACAUUUCGCCCCAUGGGUAUUUCAUAAAGCUGUAUUUAUUUUGAAGAGGAAAAUAAUCUGGCCUUAAAAAUUUAAUAUUUUUUCCCCCUUAGUUAGAGCCCUUAGGCCAAAAAUGGUUGCUCAUCACUGAUGUAAAUCAAAACAGUUUUAUGGGAACUGAUAACAAAGUUCCAAAAGACAAAACUGGGAUGAAAUCACAAAGUUAAUGGUUUUUUCACUAAAACAUGUUUUCCUUGGCCUAUUCAUUAGAUCCUUUUAUGCAGUAAAUGUUCUUGAUCAAUAUUAGGGCCAUUAAAAUGAAUCCAGUAGCUUUAACAAUAUUCAGUGGGAGCCUUGUUACUGUAGGUAAGCGGUGUCAGUCAAGCUUAUUAGAAGGCUGGAAUUUGGUCUAGAUGAGAUUAUGAUAUUAUUUAUAGCAGGGAAUAUGAUUAGAUAAAUCACUCACCAAAGAUUGAAAAUAAGGUCUGUUAUUUAAAGUUUAGUUGCAUUUAUUUUGCACACAGGUAGAUGAUUCUUAUUUUAUGUUAGUCUAAUGCACAAUUCAUUGAUCUCUGUAUCCUAAGACUUAGAACUAGCAACUUCUAUGCAAAUUAUUUCCUUAAUUGAACCACAAAAGUUUUUUAUUAUGUCCAUUUGUUUGGUGAAAUAUUCCAGGUUAUAAUUUAAAAUAAAGCUAAUAUACUACCCAAUUUGCCUUUGCUGUUUUUCCCUGUUUGUUUUGAAUCAGAAGUUAUUUCUGUGAUUUUUAAUAAAAUGGACUUUUCGUCUCUGUACGUUUUAUGUUA